ACAGACACGUUUGCCCGUGUGCACCAAGUGCCCCGAACGCUACGCCGUUUUGCUGUCGCUGGCGAUCGUCGCGCGUUUCCCAAACGAGAUUUCAGUCAGUCGGUUUAACCAGCCGAGCGUCGAUAUACAGCCGCGUACUACCAGGCAAUCGGUAUUACUGGUUUGGUGGUGUUUUCGCCGUGCAUUUUUGUGUGCUCUCGUUUCGGUCGGUGCUGUGACACGGCGUCGAAGUUAUCUUAUUUGUGGCGGUGACCGGUGAUUGGGAUUAAAAUUUGAUUUUUCUCAUAUCGAGUAACUGAAGGUAUUGAAGGAAAAUGGGAGCAAGGCAGUCGAAACGAUCGGUUGACAUCACAACAACGCCGAAGAAAGAGGGCGAGGCAGUAGUGGAAGGCGAAGGAAAACUGGAAAAGAUCGGCGACUUGGACACCAAAGUAACAACAAAUGGAGUUGGACCACAUGCGGACAUCCCCGAUGCGGAUAAGGAUGAAGAGGCGGCGGUAGAGACGGAGGCGACGCCCAAAGAGGAGGCGGCCGCCAAGGAGGAGAUCAAAGAGAACGGCGUGUCCGAGUCCGAGGAACCAAAGACGCCGGAAGCCGAGGCCAAGGAAACGGCCGGCGGCGACCAGCCGAUGGAAUCGUCGGUCGAAAAGACCCCCGAAGGCGGCGACAACAAAAUCGAGGAGACGCCCGACAGCAAGAAGAAGGACAAGAGCAAAAAGAAGAAGUGGUCCUUCCGGAGCAUAUCGUUCUCCAAGAAGGACAAGUCCAAGCCGAACAAGGACGCCGACAAGAACGGCGACGUCAAGGAGGUGGCCGAAGAGAAUGCUGAAGAAACUGUUGCAUCUCCAACUGUGGAGUCUCCCAAAGGUGAGGAGCCUAAAAGCCCCGAAACCGCAGAGGCCGCCCCAGUAACCAACGGCGACGCCUCGGCCGAAGAGCUGGCCAAGCCCGAGGAACCCAAGGAGGAGGCCAAUGCCGAAGAACCGGCCAAGCCCGCCGAGGAACCGAAAGCCGAAGAACCCGCCCCCGUCGAAGAAAAAGCCGAGGCCCCCGCCGCCGCUGAACCAGUAAAGGAAGAGGAACCGGCGGCCGCACCAGCGCCCGAGGAACCGAAAGCCGAAGAACCGCCCAAGGUGGAAGAGCCGGCGGCGCCCGCAGCCGAACCCGUCGUCGAACAACCCGUUGUCGAGGAAAGCAAAGAGGUGCGUAACGAGGAAGUCCCACCUCCUCUACCCUCCUCUAACCCUCCCUCCCCGGUGACGGUAUUCGCAGAAUCCACUAAAGACGAAACCUUACCCGAACCAGUCGUUGAAUCCGUUGUCUCCGAACCCACAGUGGUUGAACGCGUUGAGUCGGUACCGCAGGCGGCUGUCCCUCCCGUCGAACCUGUUUCCGAACCCGAUGUUGUUCCCGAGGUAUCGGAAACAAAAGUAGACCCUCCGGCACCGGAACCUGUUGUCGAAAUUGAAACUGUUGCCGAAACUGAAACACAACCUGAGCCCGAAAAACAACCUGAGCCUGAGCAACAACCUGAGCCUGAGACUCAAGCUGAGCCCGAGAAACAAUCAGAACCCGAGAAACAAUCGGAGUGCGAGAAACAGCUCGAGCCUGAAGUGAUCCCUGAGCCCGAGAAACAGCUCGAGCCCGAAGUGAUUUCGGAACCCGGAAAAAUUUCCGAACCAGAAGUAGUUUCGGAGCCAGAAAAAGUACCAGAGCCAGAACAAGUUCCUGAAAUUCAGGAACCAAAGACAGAACUCGCCCCAGUUGAAGCGGCCCAGUCGGACUCCGAACCCAAAGAAUCGGAAUCGUCCGAAUCGUAUUUGUUGGAAAGUUCCGAAUCAACUGAAGUCCAGCCCGUCCAGAGCUCAGAGACAUUAUCACUGAAGGAGGAACCGUCCGAGUCCUCCGAACCGGUGCCAGAACCCGUCAAAGAAGAACCCCUGUCCGAUCCUGCCGAGCUCCCAUCACCUCCACCACCCGUUUCCUCAGAAUCUCCCGAACCGGUCUCCCUGCCACCGCCCUCUGAACCGACCUCCGAACCAUUGCCCGAACCCGUAUCAGAACCCGUAGCAAAUGCCGAUUCGUUACCGGACAUUUCGACCGAAUCACUGCCGUCUCUGCCCGAACCGGUGUCGGAAUCACUCCCCGAGCCAAUGUCAUUGCCACCAGUCGAUAUCGCUCCCGAACCAAUUGCAAACGAAUCGCUUCCCGAACCACCCCCAGAACCCGUCUCUCCCCCGCCCCCAGUCGCCACAGAGAGCGCCGCCCUCACGAACGGAACGACCAAUGGAAUUCAUACGCCGGAGACGGAGACGGCCACCAAUGGAGAGGUGAUUCAGCCUUCGCCCGUCAAAGAGGGACCACUCAAACAGGUUCCAAUCCAAAGUGAUAACGAAGUGCGACAGGACGGUGCUGAAAAGAUCAGCGAAGCAGUAGCAGAGCCAACUCCCGCUACAGCCGAAGAAUAAAUGUCAACAAUGAGUUAUUUCCUUAUACAUAUAUUAUAUGGACUUUUAUUACAAGUUAUAAUGAAACAAAAAAGUAAACGGAUCAUUCCUCUGGCAGUGAGACCGUUCGUCGACCAAAAAGAAGAAAUCCUCAACUGCCAUUUAAAUUAGAAUGUCCACACAACACAAAGUAAAAAGGGAAAGUUGAAAAAAAAAAACGUUUUAAUACUCUUCUACGAAAUAUUUUAUAACUUUAGUGGAAAUUUUUUGGACAAUUUUUUAUAUGUCGUUGAUGACCUUUUAUCAUACACAACUGUAAAAUAAAAAAAGGUAGUGUAGAAUUAGCAUUUAGAUGAGUCCUAUUGUUAAACCUCAUUUAAAUCUAUUGUAAUCCAUCACACCAUGUUAAAAUCAAAUUACUUUCUGAUUAUUUGUAUCGUACCCUGUAAUUAUAUAUUUUUUAUUUCUAAUAUUUAGCUUUUUAGAUUAGUUACAUAUCUAUGAAAUUUUAUAUUAAAAAAGUGUAAUAGUUUCAUUGUAAAUCUUUUGCUUUAAAAGCGCAAAUAACUGUUACAUAUUUUUAACAUGCAGUGUAUAUUUGUGUGCCCAAACACUUCUGCACGGCGUAAAAUUCAGUCGCGUCUUAUAAACUGCACUGCAUGCAGACAGCUGAUAUGGAACAUUAUGUAAAAAAAAUAUGGAGAUUUUUAAAUUAUAAACGUGUAGAUUAGCAAUCGGCUGUCGAUUCUUUACGUAGUAUACGGUGUGCUUUUUUGUAUUUUAACUGCCUAGGCAGCUGACGCACGUUGUUCAGUCAUUAUUUAUCCUAUUUUAAGGUAAACAGUGACCGACCAAUGCGUUAAUUUAUUUUAAAUGUAUAGUUGGUUCAAAAUUGAAUUUGUACAUUAUUUACAACGAAAUUUAACUUUAUCCUUGUUUUGGUGUCUCAAAAUUUUAAUAUGUUAGCAUAGUUUUUAAGUAAAGAAUUUAGUUUUGAUUUUACCAACUUGAAACUAUAUUCUCCCACUUUUUAAUCCAAAAACGGCUCUUUGAUAUCUCGCUAGUUCACUCACCGAAGUAUCAAAAAGGCUGUGUCUAGGUAAAUAAAGAAACAGAAACUCCAUGUAUGUGUGAAUGUGUUUAUAAUAUAAAUAUAUAAUUAGGAUGUUUCCUAUUA